GGUCUGUCCCGCGGUGACGUAACUCGCGGCCAUGUGACCCGUGGCGCCUCACUCCAUGUUACUCGCAGCCCGGGCAAGGCGAGGAGACGCGAUCCGAGCGCAGACGCACGGCGGCGGCGGCGUCGGCAGCGUCGGGGUCGGGGUCCACCAUCCAUCCCAUCCCACCGCUCCGCGAAGGCGUGCAAGCCGCUCCGUUAACCGACUCACCCCCUACCACGACCACCCGCACCCGCCUCGGGUCUGGCUCGGCCUGCCGGCAUCGGUGAGGGUUCUCCCGGUAGGGCGGCUAGGCAAGCGUCGGGGGUUCGCGCGCGGCCAGGCCGAGGUGAUUUGCAUUCGCAAGUAAACAAAGGCGCGAGGAGUGACGCGGAGUGGUGGCCAGGGGCCGGGAGGGGCCGGGAGGGGCGCGCCCAACGAUGGCCUGAGACGUCCACGGAGGAGACGGAGUGAAGAGAUCAGCUCGUGGGAGGGCAUGCAGGGUUUGGCCUCCACCGUCGCCGACGCCGCGAUGUCGAGUUCGGAGAGCGACAGCGACUCGAGCGGGUGGACUCUGCUGAGCCGCGAGGGCCUGGACGAGGAGCGCGUGGGUGCGGAGCGGAGCCACCGGUUCUGCCACUGCGACGAUCCCCAGGGAGAUGUCGCUGAGACGGCGCCGUGCGGUGCCGAGCUGGGGGGGUUCCUGGAAGGGAAACUCUGGGAGGCGUUGGACGCCGGGGGUGAGGGCCCUGAGGGGGUGGGGGAGGGCCGAGUCCCCGACGAGGCCACGUGCACGGUGGAGCAACCCGCCAAACCUGAAGAGGUGAAGGAGGAGGUGAACGAGAUAACGGAGGAGGUGGGCAAGACAAAUGAACCAAUGGACAAGGUGUUUAAGAGGGUGGAAGAAGAUGGAGCCAACGUGAGCAAAGAGGUGAAAAUGAGUGAGGAGGUGAGAGACGAGGUCAGCCAGGCGAUAGAUGAGGCGAGGGAUGAAGUCAGUGGCAAUAUGAGGGUGGAGGUGAGUGAUGAGAUGGAGGAAGUGAGUGGGGAGGUGAGACAGGGGUUGAGCGAGAAGGCGAGUGAGAUGGUGAGAGAGGCAGCGAGUGAGGAGGUGGGCGAGGAGUUCAGCGAGGAGGAGAGAGGUGAGGUGAGUGAGGGGGUGGGAGGGGAGGUGAGCGAGGCGGUGAUGGAGGAGGUGGACGUGGAGGUGAGAAGGGAGGUGAGCAUGGAGGUAAUGAAGGAGGUGUGUGGGGAAGUGAACCAGAAGGUGAGACGGGAGGUGAGCAGAAGCGACAACAAUGACCUCUUCGCGCUGGAUCCCUCUGCGCUCGACGAGGUUCCGGGUCCUCGCGCUUCCCCUGAGCCACCCGUGGAGGUGCCCGACUCCGCAGUUCCGUCACCCUCUGCAGGCCUGCAGGACCCCCCUCCUCCCCGCUCCUCCCACCCCAAGGCAUCCGCGGAGCCUGGCACGCGGGCGGGCAGCGAGGAUGCCCUCGUGGGGUCCUCAAGAAUCCGUGACUGCUUCCCGUUCCCCCUGGGGCGCGAGCGAGCCCCGUUGGGUGCCGGCUCCAGCACUGACGAGGAAGACCAGGAGAAGCUCGGUCAAAGUGAUGGUGACGAGAUCAGGAGCGGGCCGACGGCGCCCAGGCUGCGCCGACGCCUCGCCCGCCGGCAACUCCCCACCGCGCUGGCCGACGGCACCGCACCUGGCACCGGGGGCACCGUGCCCGGCACGGACGCGUCGUUGACGGUGCUGGUGCCCACCCUGGCGCUCAUCGGGGUGCUGGGCCUGGUGGUCGCGAGCAACCACGUGGCAAGCGGGAGGCAGGGGACGCUGAUGCAGGAGAACGAGCAGCUCGGGGCAACCGAGCGCCAGCUGCAGGCCGAGGGGACCGCCAUGGCCAGGCGUUGGGAGGCCGAGCGCGGAGCCCUGUCCCAGGAGAAUGUCGAGCUGCGGUCGGCGCUGUCCCAGCUACGCCAAGAGGCCAGGGGAUCCACUGUGGCGGUGAAGCAGGAGGCCCCCGGGGCCACCACCGCACGAGGGCAGGAGGCCGCACGGGCGGCGGCGCGGGAGCUGGCGGCCGAGGGCCGCCGGCUGCAGGCCGAGGUUCGCCGACUCCACCGGGAGCUGCGGGAGGAGCGUGCGGCCUCCGCGACCACCCGUGGAGAGCGCGACGCGGCGGCCGUGGCGCUGGAGGCCGAGCGGCAGCGCUCGCACCUGUGGGAGCGGCUCUACGUGGAGGCGCGCGACGCGGCCGCCGAGCACGGGAAAAGGAAGAAGGAGGAGGAGGUGCGAGGGCCAGACCCCCGCCACCGGCCCUACGAGGACACCAAGAACUCGACGAGGAAGCGCGGAGAGCGUGGGGCCGGGCAGGCGGAGUCCGACGCAAGCCGGGGCCGCGGCUGGGGAGGCCACGCGACCUCGGGGGCCGGGAGCGAGGCGAGCGCCGAGGCGCGGCAAGGGGACGGCCGGCGGGGGCAGGGGCAAGGUCAGGGGCAGGGCAGCAGGCGGAGAGGGGAAGAGCAGCUGAAGAUGAAGGGGAGGGACUGGCGGGGCCCCGAGGAGUACGGGGCCCAGAGGGCGCAUCCCACACGGGGACAGGGCCACAACACGAAGCACAACGAGCAGCACAACCGGUGUCACGAGCAGCACAAGCAGCAGAGCUACAGGGCGUGGCACGGGAGGUCACGGCGCCACUGCGACCUGCACGUGGCCGAAGUGGAGAUAGAGCUCGGGCCUCUGCCCUUUGGCCCUAAGUGUUGACCUUGCAUCUCUGCCAAUUGGCACAGACCUCCCCAUGCCUUCCCAUACCUCUCCCCCCGUCCACCCAGGUCUCUCUACAUCCCACAUUGCUUCACGCAGCCCUUCACUGCUUCCCUGCGCUUCCCCGCGCUUCCCCCAAGUCUCGUGCAGUUUUCUCACGACUCUCUUCCAGCAUUUGCCUGCUUCCCUCAGAUGUAGUGUCUGCAUUUGCCACGCACAGUCUCACCCAGUCUCACGUGUUUCCCUGCCACCCCCCCAACCCCCCAACCCCCCAACCCCACACGUUCCCCGUGCCUCCUGCAUCCCUCUCUCCCCUUGUCCUGCCCUUUUAUUCACUCCCCCGCCCUCCUAUUGUGGCCCCAUGCCUGCCGUAUCCUCGCCCUGCUUUCCCCAUGCUUUCCCUCUGAUCUAUCCCUCUGCCUUAGAUUCCCCCACCCCAAUGCCUCCCUGAAAACGUAGAUGUUAUGUUAUCUUGUUUGGAGCGUUGUUGUUGGAAUUGCUGUUUGGGUGUUUGGUUCGUGUGAAUGAGUAUCUGCACCCACUGGGAUUCUACCCCUCACCCACCCAGCCCACCACCCCACCCACCCCAUAUGAAUUGGACAAUCGUUUCAUGUUGUGGUUUAAAGUAUAUGUCACGGACGACGUGCUCGAAGUGCCAUCAACGCUACCUGCGGAAGAUCCUUCGAAUCCAGUCAGAAUACAGAGGCACCGACAUGAGUGCGUCCUCUCCCACACAAACACCACGAGCAUCGAGUACUAAACUAAACUAUUUGUAUUUCACCAGGUAAGGCCCACUGAACUCUGUAGCUCUUUCUCAGAAGCGACCUGACCACAAUUGAUAGGGCAACGAAAG